UUCCCCAUUGCUGUAUUCGAUCAUUGUCAUGAAACCCACCUCAUCCCUGAUAUUUUGGAACAGGCUUACGGUAAACAUUUCACGACUAACUGCUGCCCUUCCGCCACAUUCUCUGAUCGUAAACAGGAAGUCCACCGCGGUUCUGAAUAUGCACCACACAUUCUGACCGAUCACGGUCUGUAUGUCACCGCAAGGGUGGGUCAUUCAUCACAAUAG